GGUGCUUUAGUGUCGUGAUUACACGAGAGAAAAGACCAAAGGACAACAUCCCUCCUGAGGCUGAAGAAAUGCGAGAGAACAUACACAAUUCACAACACUAUUACUGAGAGAAGAGGAGCACGAGCACUUGACAUUCGGUGGAAAGACAAACAGUGCAAUUUUUGUCUUCAAACAAGAAAGAGUUUUGACUACACUGAACUUUAAAGGAAUACACGACCAGUAGCCGGUUUGUUUUGAUUCUUCACACAAGUCAAUUUGUCAGUUACCCCGGAGAUGAGGAGUUUUCGCGCUUUUUAACUGGCGUCAAUUAAGACAAUUAUUUUUGCGACUAGCCAUCAUUAUUAAUCAAUGUGUUUAAGUUACCGUGUUUACACUUGCUGUGAACGUUUCUAAAAAAUGACCGCGAGCAUGAUGAUGAAUGGAGAUCUGUCAAAGGAGGUUGUUGGAAGUCACGUUGCAACUCUGUCCUGUUUAUAGAUCAAUUGAAUUAAUGAACUGAUUUGUUUGUUGUAUGGACACGUUAUUUAAGAAAAUGAGUAUUUACAUCCUCUCUCUAACCUGUUUAAUGGCUUGCAUGCUCUCAGUUCAGUGUAGUCUGGGAGCUGAGACAGUAUCGCAGGAGUCUCAGUGUGUCUCUUGUGGACUUGGGCAUUCGGAUGAUUCGGGGCGACUGGACACGGACUUUCUGGAGGCGGUUAAAAGGCACAUAUUGAACCGACUGCAGAUGAGAGAGAGACCAAAUAUCACUCAUCCCAUUCCCAAAGCUGCCAUGGUAACGGCGCUGCGCAAACUUCACGCGGGUAAAGUUAGGGAGGACGGGAGGGUUGAAAUUCCCAACUUAGAUGGACAUGCUGCCUACAACGAGGUGCAAGAAGAAACGUCGGAAAUAAUCAGUUUCGCCGAGUCAGAUGAUGUGACUCCAUCUAAGUCCAGCCUGUACUUCCUCAUCUCCAAUGAGGGGAAUCAGAACCUCUACGUGUUGCAGGCACACCUGUGGCUGUACUUCAAGCUGUUGCCAGGUGCUCAGGAAAAGGGACUGCGACGGAAAGUGACAGUGAGAGUGCACUACUAUGAGCCCGGUGGGCAGAACAUGCACUGGCCCGUGAUGGAAAAACGUGUGGAGUUGAAACGCAGUGGUUGGCACACCUUCCCUGUGUCCGAGGCUGUGAGGGAAAUGCUGGCGAAAGGGGGUCGCCGUCAGGACCUCGACAUCCACUGCGAGGGAUGCGAAGCUGCCAACGUUUUACCCAUCCUGGUGGACCCGAGCGACCCCUCACACAGACCCUUUCUGGUGGUUCGCGCCCAGCAGGCAGAAGGGAAGCACCGCAUCCGAAAGAGAGGCCUGGAGUGUGACGGCAACAAUGGCGGUUUGUGUUGCCGACAGCAGUUUUACAUUGACUUCCGGCUCAUCGGCUGGAACGACUGGAUCAUCGCGCCAGCAGGGUACUAUGGGAACUACUGUGAAGGCAGCUGCCCAGCUUACAUGGCAGGUGUUCCAGGCUCUGCCUCGUCGUUUCACACGGCAGUGGUUAACCAGUACCGCAUGAGAGGCAUGAGUCCUGGAUCGGUCAACUCCUGCUGCAUACCUACCAAACUCAGCACCAUGUCCAUGCUCUACUUCGAUGAUGAGUACAACAUCGUCAAGCGCGACGUGCCUAACAUGAUCGUGGAGGAGUGUGGCUGUGCCUGAACAAAAUCCAUGUUAGGACAUGUUACGAAAGCAGUGACAGUCAUAUUUAUGGUCUUUCUGAACCACAUGCAUAUAGAUUGUGUUAAUAUUUGUGCACUCACAAAGUACAAUCACGCACAUGUGUGUGUGUGCAUCAAGCAGUAGAUCAUCAGAUGUAUGACAGGUGGGUCCUUCUAAUGAACAAAAAGGCUUUGGGAUGAUAAGGGAAAUGGAACAACAACCUGGUUUUUCUCUAGUUUGCCAUUUCCAGACUUAAAAAAAAUGGCUCAAUACUGUCCUCUCCAACUGCAAAAAGGAGACAAACUGGUGUCACACUUUGAUACAAGUACUUAGAAACUGUUUUACAAGCACUGGCAUAUCUCAAUGUCCCUUCUACUUCAGAACACCAGCACUUCAACAGCUUGUUUAAGGCAAUAUGACAAAUCAUUCCAACUGAGGGGGAGAUUUCAAAAUCAGUGCAUGUCAUCGUCCCAGUCGUUCUCAGAGGUAUUCCCUUAGCAAUGACUAGUUGUCUGCGGCAUAGUUAAACCAUUGUGAGGCUUCUACUCAAACUGCAAACACCUCUGGACAAGAUCAUCUUGAAAAUACUUCUG